AUGAUCUUAUGGGAGAUAUCGGCCACCCUUACACAAUUAUCACUUGAAGAAAAGGAAAACCCAAUUCUUGGUACAUCAUAUGAUCAUAUUAUGCUUUAUUCAGGUGAAAAUAAAAUUACAAACUUAGAUCACGUAUUUUUAAUGGGAUAUUUGAAUUAUUCGGGAUUUGGUACAGUUUUAGAUGCUGGCAAAGCAUAUAACUAUUUUAAACAAGUAUCAUCAAGUCACCCUGUUUCUCAAUAUUAUCUAGGAAAAUAUUAUGAAAAUGGAUUAGGUGUUACAACUAAUAAACUACUAGCAAAUGCGCUAAACAACAUCGAGAAUGAUGAUGAUUUUGAAAAAUUAAAGUCGGACGUAUGGGGAAAUAUUCAUGAAUUAUACGAUCACGUUUUUGCAUAUAAGAUUUUAGUCGGAGGACAGAUAUUUAUCAAAGAUUUCAAUUUAGCUUCUUCGAUACAAAAGGAUGUUUUAAAACUUUAUUUAAUUUGGGCAUAUAAUUCAGCUAAAGAUGAUGAAAACUCAUUCAAUAAUAAUUCUUUUGGAUUGAACUUUUUACCGAGAAUAGAAACGUCAAAUGGUGUAAAUUUAGAUACCCCUAAAAAAUCAUCUAAUUGGUUAAACAGUUUAUAUCAAGAAAAUAUUAUUGAUAUUAUUUCUUAUGAUAAACUCGUUUCGAUCACCCAGUUAAAAAAUGGAAAGUUAGAUGAAAAUUACGAGAAUUUUGAUGAAAGAUAUUUGGGAAUCGCUAAUUUUGAAAAAAAGGUUGAAUUUGGAAAGGUGGAUCAAUGGAUCAAAGAGUUUCGUAUAUUUCAAGGCCUUGUAAUUCAAUCCCAUAAAGUGGAGAGUAGCAAGAAAAUUGCCAUGAAUAUUAUUCAAGUUCCUCAAGUGAAUUCGGUUGGCAACUUUUAUUUUGAAAUGAUAAAUCCAACGACAAAAUGUGAACAAUACGAAGUUCUUAUCAAUAAGAAUCAUUUAGAACCUUCAUUUGAGUUUUGUAAUGCCAUAGAAAAAGCGCUUAAUGAAAUGAAACCAUUAAAUGCCUUACAAAACAUUUAUUUAAAGUUACCAAUACUUGAAUCUUUAAAUUCAUAUUUUAAGAAAUGCAAACUUUCGCAUUUCAUUACACAAACAGGAAAUAUACUUGAAAAAGAUUCUUUAUAUAAUUGGAUUAGCAAUGCCAACCAUAACGGUUUGGAAAUAGUAGAGUAUGAUAAAUUAAUUUCUUUGUAUGAUAUUCUUGGGUCAGAACAAAAGAAGAAAAUCGAUAUAGUGACAAAUAAUAAUAAUCAAGAUAUAAUGACUGGAAUCACUGAUUUGAAAGAUUUAGAUAACGAGAAUACAGAGCAUUACAAACGUAUGUUCAUAGAACCAUCAUUGGAUGAUUAA